AUCACGUGACACAUGUCAUCCCUGUGAUUUCUGUUCUUUACCAAAUGCCACAAACUAUGCUUACAAAAAUAAGAACAUGUGUUUCAGGAUUAUUCGAUUUCUGGUUGUUUAAAUGUUAGCUCCGAACACGUAAACAACCAAAAUAUCAACAGUAAAUCUACUGUAUCUAGAAACUUGGAAGAAUAAGUUAGCAGCUCAGCUGUUACACCUGGCCACUUGACAACUGACGUUCACUUACUUGGUUGUGAGUUUGGAGAAGAGGGAAAUAUACCCGGGAUACAAAUGCGGCUGAAAGACCCCUUCUCUUUAAAAACGGCAGACAUGACCAAGCGGUCUAACAAGCCAAAGAAGCCUUGCGAUGAAGACUCGUCCGAUGAGGUUGGCGGGCUGACAUGCCAGCAUGUGAGCAGAGCUGUGGACCUCAGCUCAGUGAAGAAGGCUGUGACAGGCAGUCUGUGGUCAGUGUGCUGCGAAUGCAUUAAAGAAAGGAAAAUGUUCGAGGGGGAAUCAGAAGAAGCACAUGACAUUUUUGUGUGCCUUAAGUGUGGGUUCCAGGGCUGUAACCUUGCAGAAACUCAGCAUUCCACAAAACACCAGCAAGCUCAUCACUCUGACUCUCACUGUAUCACCAUCAGCCUCAGUACAUGGAAGGCCUGGUGCUUUGAAUGUAAGGAAGAGCUCUCAACUCACUGCAAUAAAAAGUCCCUAGCUAAGACUCUGGACUUCCUGCAGAAGCACUCAGCAAAGGCCACCUCAGGAACAACUUCAAAAAUUAUCAAGCUCAGAGAGGAACCCUCUGAGAAUGUGGACUCUCAGAGAGGGAAGUGUCCAGCGAACAGCACUCUUAUUCCUGUCAAGGGCAUCAUCAAUCUGGGCAACACUUGCUUCUUCAAUGCUGUGAUGCAGAAUCUCUCUCAAACACAUAUGCUGAAUGAACUAAUUCAGGAAGUCAAGGAGAAAGGUCAUAAGAUGAAGAUCUGCCCCACUACUGAGACUAACUUGGGGCCACUAACUGUGACUUUACCCAGGCCUGAACCCCUCACUUCAGCCAUGUUCCUGUUCCUCCAAAGCAUGAAGGAGCCUAGUAAAGGGCCUGUCUCCCCCAAGAUCCUCUUCAGCCAGCUCUGUCAGAAGGCCCCUCGCUUUAAGGGUUACCAGCAACAAGACAGCCAAGAACUGCUGCACUACCUCCUGGACGCCAUGAGAGUGGAGGAGACGAAGCGGAUUAAAGCAGGCAUUCUCAAAGCCUUUAACAACCCCACGGAGAAGACAGCUGAUGAAGAGACAAAACGACAAGUGAAGGCUUAUGGGAAGGAAGGAGUGAAAAUGAAUUUUGUUGAUCGCAUUUUUGUAGGCGAGCUAAACAGCACCAUAAUGUGCGAAGAGUGUGAACAUAUCUCUACAGUGAAGGAAGCCUUCAUUGACAUCUCCCUUCCCAUCAUAGAGGAAAGGCCCACAAACCCUGGUAGACUAGGGAAGAGUGGACGGGAGCAAGAUACUCUUGUCCCCCACAGUGAAGACUCAUCAGCUGCCCACUCACAGGUCAAUAAAAACAGGAGAAUGAGUGGACAGAAGAUGCAAGAUCGUCAUUCGUCCACUUCUCAUGAUGACCGGGGAGCAGACUCUGUCUCUAUCGGACAAGAAGAGGAGCUCUGUGUUGCUGGCCGUAGCCUGACCAGUUACCGGGCUGACAAAAUGGGCAGCCAAUCAGACUACAGCAAAAAGGAUUCUAACCUGCAGGACAGCAGUAAUGAUGCAGACAGUGAGGCCUCCGAGAGUGAAUGGUCUCCUCGAGUCCCAUCUGUCCCAUCCAGUCACAGUAACAUCUCAGAUAAUGUCUUAACCGCCAUGGCUACACUCACAACAUCACACCAUCCUAAGCAUAACCUGAACCCAAGCUCAAGUCCCACUCCCUUGCCCUCCUUUCGACCACAACAGGGCAGCGCUGUAGAGCAUCUUGUCAGUGUUGUGUCCAUGCUGGGCCUGGUUCACACUUCCACUGACACUUUGCCCAUCAGCCUCAGCCCAGAUGAACAGACUGAGACCCGGGAAAGGGAUAGAGACCGGAAGCACCACCACCAACGGGCCUUCCAGGCUCUUUGUCACAGCUACAUGCCCAGCUCUAAAGAGUGCUCUGUGCAGUCCUGCCUUCACCAGUUCACCUCUGUUGAGCUGCUCAUGGGCAACAAUAAACUCCUUUGUGAGAAUUGCACUGAGAGGAAGCAGAGACAGAUGAAGUGGAGCGGUGGUGCAGACAAGAAGGCUGAGAAAGUAUACACCAGCGCCCGGAAACAAAUGCUCAUCUCUUCGCUUCCCCCAGUGGUCACUCUCCACCUUAAACGCUUUCAUCAGGCCGGCAUGAAUCUGAGGAAAGUUAAUAGACAUGUGGACUUUCCUCUUACUCUGGACCUGGCACCUUUCUGUUCUGCCACUUGCAAGAACCUUGGGUCAGAAGAACGUGUGCUUUACAGCUUGUAUGGCAUUGUGGAACAUAGCGGAUCAAUGCGAGGGGGGCACUAUACAGCCUACGUGAAGGUCCGCUCCCCCCAGCGUGAACAGUGUCGGAACCAAUCAGGUUCCAGAGAGGCCAGUUCAGCCCAACAAGGGCAGUGGGUCUAUGUUAGCGACACCAACGUACAGACUGUACCAGAGUUCCGAGUGCUUAACUCUCAAGCUUAUUUACUUUUCUAUGAAGAACUGCUAUAGAGCCGGACAGCUGCGUGAAUGUGUGAUUAUCCAGAUGAAUUCUGGCCACAGGCGAUAUCAGCCUGGACAACACAGAGCUCUUACUGCAUGCCUAUAUCACUGUAUUUUAAUGUAAGGAUUAUUGCAAAUGCUAUAUAUAAGUUUGGCCAUUAAGCCCUAAAUCUGCUGUCUUAUUCAUUACUCAAGGGUAAUCUAAAUUGGGAUUGGUCAAGGGGAGAGAUUAUUAUUGAUGUAAAAUAAUAUCCUGAAUUUAAGUUAUUUAUAUUUUACUGCUUAUAUUUGACCAUAACAUAUAUAUUUUUGGGGCUUGUUUUUUAAAUGGAAAUGUUGGAAAAUUGCCAAAGUUUAAUGUAGGAAAAAUAUGUAUAUGAUAUUAUAUAAGGGAGAGAUGUGAAAAAUGAGCAUUGUGCCAAAAGCAUCUUUUGUCUCAAACCUCUAACAUGAAAGGGAACUUUAGAUCAACAUGCAGCUGUAUGCAGUCACACACACAUAUAUGCACAAGUGCACAAAAAAAUAUAUAUACAAUACUGCAUAUACAACGUUGCUUGGUUACCAUAUUCAUUCUUUUUUUUUCGUUUACACAUUUUCCUUUGGUUUAAUAGAUUAAGACAUUAGCUUUCAUAGCGUUUUUGAAUGUAUCAAGUCAUAGACUCAAGACAUUGGAUUUGAUUGACUGUGCAUAGAAUUAUAUAAACUUUUAUGAAUUUAUUGCUUGAAUAACAUAUUUCACAAUAUCUAAAUAUAAUGGUUGAGGAGUUGGUGCAAUAUUCUUGGACUUUGUAAACAAUAUAUGCCUAUUUUUUUCUGUUGUAGUAUUAAAUUUGAAAUGAAUACAAAUAUUUUCAUUUUCCCCUCAUGACUUUUCAACAACUGUACAUCAGUGCCUGCAGUUUAUGAGGACUGAGAUUGUCUGUGCAUGCCUUUAACAGUUAAUAAGUGUUUUAAGUGUUAAUAUCAAAGACCAUAUUGCAGUAUAAGGUGAAGUGUGUGUGUGUGUGUGUGUGUGUGUGUGUGUGUGUGUGUGUGUGUGUGUGUGUGUGUGUGUGUGUGUGUAGACACAUACUGAUUAGCAAUAUAAAUAUUUGUACAUCAUAUAAAAAAUGUUCUUUAUUUUUUAUUCUGUGUGCCGAGCAGAUAUUGUAACACCAAUGGUUUGUGUGGUGUCUAAGACUGCAGGGUUUUUCAAGCUUUUCUUUUGCUUGAAUUUUAUGGACAUAAUCAAAUAUGU